AAUUGGUGGGAAACCCUCCCCAUCAGUGCUGAGUGCUGUCCAUUGAAGGCAUUCGCAAUCAUAAUCCACUCAAUUGUACCUCAUGCUGCUGAUGUCAAGCAUUAUUUCUUGGGUCUGGGUGGGGUACAAUCUGUGAAGUGCUGCAACCUAUCAGUUCAGACUUUUGAGUCUCUGAGCAAACUCCAGGCAAGCUAUGCAAAUUUCUUGCACAAGGUGGAUCACAAAGCUGGCAAGCCAGCAUGUCGCAAACACACCCAUAUGCACACUUGGCCAGAGCAUGGACUCAACAUAGCCUUGGCAGACAAACUUCAAAGGUCAUUUGCAUGGGUGCCACCACUUGCUGGUGCCUCUCACAACUCAGAUGAUGAAUUUCUCACAGGUCCUGAGUCAAUUACAGAUGAGGAGCUGCUCAAAGAAUUUGACAGGUUUGAAAACAAGAUGCUGGAGUCACAAGGCUUGCAAGAAGGUACUGGCGAAAUCCCAGAUAUUUUCAAGGGAGAUAUUAUUGAUUAG